UCGAAACAUUCUAGGCUUGUUUUCAUAAAAAUUUCAUUCGGGAUCUGCACAGUAUCUCUAUUUCAUAUAAAUGCUCUAAGAAGUUCAAUUUCAAUAAAGUGUAAAGGGUUUAUUCUAGUAGUGGAGUCUAAAACCUUAGUGUGUUCUGGUACAUCAGCACGAUGAGUCCUAAAAUGCAGGGUCUUUCAUGGCAAUCUUUCAAAAAGAAUUCGAUGUUAGCUCCUCUAUUCAUAGUUAUCGGAGUCGGAGCUUUAGGCGCAACGGGUUAUCUACUGCGUCUAGCUCUUCGAAGCCCUGAUGUUACGUGGAAUAGUAGAUCGAAUCCCGAACCGUGGAACGAAUAUAAAAAUAAAGAAUACAAGUUUAUUAAGGUUCAUGAUAGACCUUCGUCUUCACCUGCUCCGGAAUAUUAAAUAGCUGUGGUCAAGCUAAUUUGUAAUUUAUGUAGGUAAUUUUCUCUUACUAGCGAGUGAUCAUUAACAGUAAUGUUGAAUGAAUAUACUGUAUAAAUGAUAUUUAGAUAACAUAUAUGUAUAAAACAAAUAUUUAAGUAUCAAUAAAGUUCAAGAUCCUUAAUUUCAUUAAUGCCAUAAA